AUGUCCUUUGCAUUUGGGUUUGACAACGACGAUAUAGAUACUCCUAGUGUGCCAAAACAGGUCGAAACGAAUCCUCUAGAUGCCGUCGAUGGAUUUCAUGUUCCUGAAAUUGUCAGCUUUGAGGACAUUUUAACGUCUUUAAAGGACAUCAGGAUCACGUUCGACAACUAUAGGACCCCCAAAGGUAACAUUGUCUAUAGGAGAGAGCUUUUCGAUGUGAAACACCAGGUUAUGAGUGAAGAUGCUGCGAGCUCCAUGGGGAGCAUUUUAUUGGGAGACGAAAAAGACGUUGAUCUUAAACAAAAUGUAUAUGAGGGAGGUUUCAAGAGCUGGGAAUGUUCAUAUGACACAGUGGACCAUGUUUCUGUUACCAUGGAUCUACUGGUUCCUCAGAGCAUUCUCGAAUUGGGCUGUGGAACUGCCUUACCAACCUGUUUCAUUCUUCGCAAAUAUUUGGAGCAAAUAAGCUCGAAAAACGAUACCACAUUCAAGCCAAGCUGCUUUGUAUUGACAGACUUUAACUACGAUGUGCUACGUCUAGUUACAGUACCCAACUUGGUUAUUCAUUGGGCAUCUACAAUUCCACCGCAGCAGCUACAGAUGUUGUGUAGCGGCGAAGAUGGUCCUCCACUUCAAAACGACGAGAUAAUUAUCACUCAAAGAUUCAUUUCGGCAAUUCUUGCUGACUUUGCUACCAAGAAUAUUUCCAUCUCUCUUGUCUCUGGUGGCUGGAAUCGUUCCUUCCUAAACAUUGCAAUGUCAUUCGGCGUAAAAACAUUGAUCACCUCGGAAACCAUAUACUCCCCCCAGUCGCUCCCGCUAGUCGCCGAGCUAAUUUUAGAAUUAAUGGCGCCUACCGGUUCAAUUUGCAGCCGAGCCGUGGUUGCUGCAAAAUCGAUCUAUUUUGGGGUUGGAGGCUCAGUGACUGAGUUUGUAAACUACUUGGAAACCCGGAGACCACAGAACAUCGAGUUGCUGCGAAAAGAAGUCGGAGAGUCGCAAUUGAAACGAGUUAUCAUAGAUAUAUUAGCUCAAUAA